CUCACUAUGAGAAGCGCCAGAGCGGGUGCGGAAUGACUGACGCCUGACCUGACGCGCCGCGCUCGCGCUCUGCACCGAAACGCGUAAAACAGCCGCGACGCACCGGAUCUGGAUGCGCACUUCACUUCACUUCACUUCACUUCACUUCACUUCACACUGAUCUCGCUCAGCAUUUCACAGUUGCACUCGCUUGACAUUUUCUUUUCUUUCUUUUUCCUCCCCCUUUGAUCUUCUUUGCAUUGGAAAGUUUGCGCGCUCCCGUGUCGAGUCGACAGGGUGAAUGCCCGCGCCUUCGUGCACGCGUCCCGAUUCGAGCGCCAACCUCACGCGGCCGGCUUUGGGCAAACGGAGAGGGUCCGAGCUCUGCGGCUCCGGACGGGUCAGCAUGAAGUCUGCGGAAGAAGAGGCUUUUAGCUAUACGCCAAAUGUGAGUCUGUCUCUCCCCCUUGGCAUGGCCAACCCCUGCUUGGCAUCGCAGUACCACAAUCUUCAAUCAAGCCCUGUUAUCUCGGUCUCGUCAUGCCACCAAGCAAGCUACGGACUCCAUGAGAACACCAUGGCUCCGAACUACUACUUCCCCGGGCUCCGUCCCAAUGGCGCACCCCCUCUGGAGAGGCCACGCAUUGAGAUCACCACCUACGGCCAGAUGCCUGAGGAAGAGGUGGAGGAAAGUGGCAGCAUGGGCCCUGUGGCUAAGCGAGUCAACAUCGUGACCUUGACCUUGCCCAGUGCUGAUGGGUACCGUGACCCAAGCAGUCUGAGUCCAGCAAGUAGCUGCAACUCGGAGGCCUCAUAUGAGUCUGGUUUCUACAACUAUGAAAAUUCACCCCAGAACUCACCCUGGCAGUCACCCUGUGUCUCGCCCAAAGGCUCAUCGUCUUCUAUGCUGUCUUGCCCCCCUCAUGGGCAUGUCCCCGGUCCCUCCCCUCAUCACUCCCCUUCCACCUCCCCCAACGAUGAGAUCGGAAGUCACGGCAAGCGGAAGUACAGCUUCAACGGCACCCCUUAUGGGCACGCAUCAGGUCUCUCGCCCAACCAUUCACCCGGGGCUUCACCUCAGGGUUCACCAAGGCUUGAGGAAAAUUGGCUGGGAACCACCAACCAGUACACCAAUUCAGCCAUCGUAGCAGCCAUCAAUGCCCUCAGUACAGAUGGCAUACCUGAUCUCGGGGAUGGUGUUCCCAACAAGAGCCGGAAGACCAGUGUAGAGCACAAUGUCAGCAUGAGCCUGAAGGUGGAGCCGGCAAACGACGAUGCAGGGACAGAACUUGGCCAGGAGGACUAUACUAACUCCAACCGUAUGCCAUUCAAGAAGGAGAGCUAUUGCUCAGGAUUCUUGGAUGUGCCUCCUCACCCGUACUCAUGGCCCAAGCCCAAACCUUACCUCAGCCCGUCCCUCCCGGCUCUUGAUUGGCAGCUGCCAUCCUGCUCAGGUCCUUACAAUCUGCAGAUCGAGGUGCAGCCCAAAUCCCACCACCGUGCCCACUACGAGACGGAGGGCAGCCGAGGGGCAGUGAAGGCCCUGUCAGGAGGGCACCCUGUGGUGCAGCUCUACGGCUACAUGGAGAGUGAGCCGCUAACGCUCCAGCUUUUCAUUGGCACGGCAGAUGACCGACUUCUGCGACCGCAUGCCUUCUACCAGGUUCACCGCAUCACCGGCAAGACCGUCUCCACUGCAAGCCACGAGUCCAUGCAAUCCAACACAAAGGUGCUGGAGAUCCCUCUGCUGCCUGAGAACAACAUGAGAGCCAUAAUCGACUGUGCUGGGAUCCUGAAGCUCCGAAACUCAGACAUCGAGCUGAGGAAGGGUGAGACAGACAUCGGCCGCAAAAACACUCGAGUCCGAAUGGUGUUCCGUGUUCACAUCAACCAGCCCAACGGCAGGACUGUGUCUCUACAAGCCGCAUCCAACCCCAUAGAGUGCUCCCAGCGUUCAGCACAGGAGCUGCCUUUGGUGGAUAAGCAGAGCCUGGAUAGCUACCCAGCAUCAGGAGGUAAAAGGAUGCUCCUCAGCGGCCAUAACUUCCUCCCCGAGUCCAAAGUCAUGUUUGUAGAGAAGGCCCAAGAUGGACACCAUGUAUGGGAGACAGAAGCCAAUGUGGACAAGGAUUCUCGCAAAUCUACUUCUUUGGUGGUGGAGAUCCCUCCUUACCGCAAUCAGAGGAUAUCCAGCGCCGUGCCUGUUAGCUUCUACGUCUGCAACGGCAAGAGGAAGAGGAGCCAGUAUCACCGCUUUACCUACCUGCCGUGCAACGUUCCGAUGAUAAAGACAGAGCCGGCUGAUGACUAUGAGUCCCGGAUGUCCAUACAUGCAAAUCCCUACUUCGGCCAGCAAAGACUGCCUACCAUGAUGCCUUUGGAUGACCCUGAGCCCUGCAUGGUGGCCAGCUAUGCCCCCUGUGUGUCCCACCCCACCCCUAUACUAUGCUCUUCCCCCAGCUCUAGCCCUAAACUCCAUGACCUGUCUCCUGUACCCUUUCCUAAGUGCCUGAGCAACAGCCCUACACACUCCACCAUGCCUGGAGGUAUGGCAUCCAUUCAGGAUCCACCCACCCACCAUGGGCUGACCCUACCCAGCUCCCCUGACCCCACCUCCCUCGCCAUGCACCACCCUCAGGGUAGUCCGCACCUUGGCAGCCCCUCAUACCACCCCCUGUACCCCAACAGUAGUCCCUCCUCAUCUCCUACUUCCCAUCCUUCAACGCCUGGGGCUGCAGCAGAAAGCCCUUAUCUGGCCACCUUUGGCUCCACUCAGCCCAGAGGAAGCCCACCCACCCUGUUAGCAGACGAUCACGCCUCCCCUGCGCUACCUGUUACCAUCAAACAAGAACCACAGGAGCUUGACCAAAUGUAUCUGGAUGAUGUCAACGAGAUUAUCAGGAACGACCUAUCCUGCACUUCCUCUCACGGUCACUCAUAGAUGAACAUGAACAUGCCUGACGAAAGAAGGGACCAAGAUGUCUUCCCUCUGAAGCCUCCCGCAAUUGGACAAUCAGUCCUCACGUUUAGAGGAACUUCUCUGAGGACAACAUGACGUCAUGUUUCACAUGAAAGGCCUUAAAUUCAAUGGUGUAUUUUUCAAAAAAAAAAAAAAACACCAUGAAAAGCAGUGACUGUUUAAUUUGUUGGUUAUUUUUGUUCUUGCUCUUGCCUUAAAACAUUAGAACUGCGUGACGGUGGACCAAGAUCUUACAAAGACUUUAUUCUUGUCUUCUUGACGUGUGGACGUCCUGGUGUUCAGGACAAACGCUGUCCAAAUGACGUUUCAUAGCAAUUAGUCCCGAAUGGUUCGUCACGCGGGACAGAUUCUGCAGUGCCUUGCUGCAAGUGCAAAUGGGGAUGCAAUUCCGUUCAUCUUCUUCACUUCACUUCCUUUUUUAUACUUUUACACUUUGGUCGCUCGUUUGUUUACAGUGAAUAUGAAAGGCUGGAAUGUGUAGAUGUGUGUGGAAACGUGUGAAUAAAGUAGACCUGUGUUUAGACCAUGUUUUUUUUUUUUUUUUAAUACACCAUAUACAUAUAAAGAUGUCGGUAGUACAACUGUCGUUGUAUAAAAGUGUAUGUUUAAUGUGCUGUAUAUAUGCCUUAAUGAACCUUUGUCAUUCCCUAUGUAGUGCAUGGUCUCUUGGUGAAAUUGGACCGCCAAUUGGACUACCUCCCUGAUGCCCUUGUACCCCAGAACUAUAGCAAGAAGCAAAGUGGCAAACAAGCUUUGACCAAGAAUCACAGGAUUCCAGCUGAGAGAAAAGAAAAGCACUUAUUCCCGUGGCAGUGGUCACUUACCAAUUUCCUGGAGAUCAUCACUGUGUCCCAAAUUUUCAGAGUCGUAGCCAGUUAGAGUAAAAUGGCAGGUGUAGUUUGUGACUAAGACUAGCAAACAUUAGAAUAUAGUCGCUGUGUGUUCAUGUCAUCUGUCAUUAACAGAACUGAUUUUGCAAUUUUAUACCACAGCGCUCGCUCUUGAGUAAUCCAUUCUGAUUGGUCAGAGGGUGUUGAUUCAUUUUCUAUACCAACACAGUGGUACGGACAGCGGUUCCGUCUGCAAGGUUUUUAUUAAUGCAUUCAUUCGAAUAUAGUAUAGUUUCUACGGUAACACAAGUUUUGUAUGCUUCACGUAAACAGAUUUUAAAAAGAUGUAUGUAAUUAUAGAUAUCGUGAUGUUUUUACCUGUAAGGAAAUGUUUAUCACUGGAAGGAGUCUCCAGUGUGAAGUAAAGUUGUAAAAGUUUUUGUCAGGAUUGCGUUUCGUUUUUUAUUAUUCUUCUCAACGUCAUGACAAAGACAAAAAGAAAGCCUAGUGAAGGAAAGACCGUUUAUAGCUGCUAAAUGCUAAUAGUAGUGAUAAUAGUGAUAACGGUAACUGGAUGUCCGAUAACAUUAAACCUAACUGUAAACAAUUUAUUUUUUUUAAAGUACAAUGUGCCAUUCUUUAAUAA